AUGAAGGGCAUAUUGGCAGUAGCAGCUCUAUUAGUGACCGGGGCAGUCAGUCAAUACGCCCCAAGCGGCUGGAGACCUAACGGCCCAACCUUGGAACUCCCAGAGAGGACCCCUCUAGACCCCCGGAACAGGAACCCACAGAAACAAGAGUAUAUCCCUCCCAGUGAUCCUAGAACGCCAAACAAGGAAUAUGGCACGCCAAAUAAGGAGUACGGAACCCCAGAAGUCGACGUGUCAGUGCAAGGGUUACCAACACAACAGGAACAACUGCCGAUAUUCCAGCUGUCUCCUGUAAAUGGGAAUCAAUAUGCUGGACCCAAUUUCAACUCUGACUUAAGGAAUUUGGAGCAAAAUUUGAGACAAUCUCAGUUACAGGCCCAGCAAGAUAUCUACAGAGAAUUCGAGAGGCAGAGACAUUUGGAGGCCGCUUUGGCUAGUGCCAAUGCCAACCGGGUCAACCAACCAGUACCAAGACAAUUCGUCCCACGAACAUCUACAACAACUCCUAAACCUGAUGACUUUAAAACCACCCCUCAAGAAACAACCACAGAAGCCUUAAAUUUAAACCAAGGAGAAGUCGCCGACGAGAGUGACAAGAAAGAGAAAGUAACGGUAGAAGUAUCUAAGCAAAAUGUUCAGGAAUUUUCUCCCGAAUUGUACCUGGCUUCGCUAGCCCAGUUGCAGUUGCAGAAUCAGUUCUCUCCUGUGCAGUUGGGCCAGCUGAGAGCGCCGAUAUUCUUGGAACCAGCUCAGAAACAAGUUGCUUACGAUCCUGCGCAAGUACCUGUUGUACCAGUCUUCAGUCAACAGCAAUAUCAAUAUCCAAGCCAGAUUGCCCAACCCCAAUAUGUUCAACAACCGCAGUUGAUUCAACCACAAGCAGUGCCAACCCAACAAGCUGCUCAAACCCCAAGCUACUUUAUAACCCAAACUGCAGCUCAACCUGAACAGCUUCCCGUCAACCAGUAUCAACCAAACCAAUACGAAGCUGUACAACCCGUCCAAACCUUCCCUCAGCAACCGCAACCAACCUUUUUACAGCCGCAGCAAAACCAAUUAUUACCCCGCCCGCAAGAUCAGCCUGCCGACGAACCGCAGCAACCUCAGUUGGUUUACCAGUACCAGUUCGGUUACCAGCAACCGGCGAAUCAGUACCAGCCAGAGUUACAGCAACCUUUGAACUCUUACCAGCAGCAAUUAUUCCAACCACAACUGAUCGUUCAGGAUCCCUAUCAGCAACAGUUGGCUGCUCAAAUAGCUCAGCAGAACCAAGAUUCUCUGCAGAGUGGUCUAGAUGCUAACCAGCAAGGGAAUGGAAUUGACCAGUCCGAGGAGAAGGAGGAACGGGAAGAUGAUGGAACUACAGCCACCGCUGUCGCCACUGCCUUUGGUGCUAGAACGCAGCCCCGUGUCUACGCCACGUAUGGAGCCCCAGUGCCUGUCCCCAGGGUUCAAGCCAAUCCUGGAUACCAGACCACCACGGAAGCCAACACGGACGAGGCUGUGACGGGUGACGGGCAAGCCAUAGCUGAAGCCACCGCUGUUUCCAGAGGCUCUCUUAGGAAAUCUGCCAAGCUAAGGUCUCGCCAAGGUCGAGUGCGACCGAUCUUCACUUUGGACAAAUCCGGACACUUAGUGUUAGCUCAAGAAUAGUAAAUCGUCCACAGCCUCUGAUAUUACCCAAACAAGGAUCUAAAAUAUUUGUCCA